AUAGUUUUAAUAACAACUCCGCACAGUUAACAUCGUGUACAAAAUUUUCUUUUUCUCUGUGUUUUAUAUAUGCAUAUAUAUAUAUUUUUUUCUUCUGUAGUUGAACUAAAUUCCAAGUGGUAAAAAUUUUGCAGUAAAUCAUAUAGUGUAGUAGUUUAGCACGCAUCAUGUCUGUCCAGCACAAAGCAAUCAGUUCGUUGCCCACACAGAGCGUCAUGUACUCCCAAUUGCAGCCAUGGAGCCAUGCGGGUGCGCCGCCCUGCAUGGAGCCAAUCAGCGGAGCGACGGUGCCGCCACGCCUGGGUGCCUCCUACGAAACAACGCAACGCCAUCCCUGGCGACCCAAGAUGGCCUUUGAGAUGAUCGAGGUCAAGCAUCUGCCGGAGCAGCCGGUGACCAAUCAGAUGACCCAGCCAUGCUUUGUCCCCCAGGGAAUGAAAACGGAGGGCAUGAUAUUCCCAAAUCUUGUCACCGGAUUCGAGCGCAAUCCUCAGCAUGCCGCUCGAGCUGCUCUCUACACGCGAUACACAAACAACGAGUGGCACAACAACAACUUGGGCAUCUACGGCGAGUCCAACACAAAUCGCAAUAUGUCGGAGCGUAUGCGCAAUGAUGCAGUGCGUCUGAUGCGCGAAACAGACGAGACUGCGUCGACGGGUCAACGUGAUGCUGGGCGGCGACUGGGUGAGCGCAUUACGGACUUGACCUUUUGGCGCAACGAGCUGAAUGCAGAGCUGGAGAAGCUUAUUGGCGAGAUGUCCGAUAUCAAUGAAUUGCAGCGGCAGUGUGGCAAGGCCAUGUUGGAUCUGGAGAUACCGCUGCACAUUGCACAGGAGUGUCUCUUUCAUCGCGAGGCACGCCAGGGCAUGGAGAAGGUGCACGACAAUGUGGAGAAGGCGUUGCUCCUGGAGAUCGAUCAUUUGCGGCAAUCGCGCGACCGUCUCAAGGAUCUGCAUGAGAAGAUCGCCAAGCAGGCGAUUGAUUGCCGCGGUGCCCAACAUUUGCUGGAAAUCGAUGUAACCCAAAAAGAAUCCACCAUGGGCAUCGACUCGAUGUGCCAUCGCCUGAACAAUCACAGUCGCGGCAUCACCUACUACGGUGGUAUCGAGAAAUACGAUCCCACUGUCAGCACACAGGACUCCUGGGCCCUAGCCAGCAGCGAGCAUGUCAAACGAUCGCAGGCGGAGCGUGCUAAAUUGUCGCAGCUGCGCAGCGAUGCACAGAAUGUUGUCAAUGCCGUUGCCUCCUCGGUGUGGGACUUCUGGAACAAUACGAACAAUGCGUUGGAUAGACGGGCUCAGGAUAUGUCCGGAGCCAAAAAUCGUGUGCAAAUGCAUCUGCAAAAGGUUCAGCAGGAGCUGUUCGAUAUGGAGAAGCAUCUGUUUCUGCUGCAAAAGGCCAUACAGGAUAAGGCGAAUCCGCUUAGGGUGGCUCAGACGCGACUCGAAGCGCGUUCCCAUCGCGAGGGCAUGGAGCUCUGCAAGGAUACGGCUCACGAUCGACUUGUGGUUGAGGUGCAGGAUUUGCAGGGCACUGUCGAUGUGCUACAUCACAAGUUGCAACAGGCGGAGGCCACACAUCAGUCGCUGCUGAAAACACGUUGCAUCCUGGAGGAGGACUUGCGCAACAAGGUCAACGCUUUGUUUAUCGAUCGUGAGAAAUGCAUGAGUCUACGGCGCUCUUUCCCCAUUACCAACUUGAUUCGUUAUUGAUCAACUUUUCGAAUUAAUUGUUAAUUAAAAAAAAUUGUGUCACGUGUCUAUGUCGAGUGUAAUCAUUAUGCACAAAUAUAUAUCCUGCAUUUUA